UACGCCCUAGGUAGAGCGUUUCACUUAUUGUUAGUUCGGCGCGGCGGCAGGAAUCCCCAUUAACCCCGCGAUUUGUAACCGUACAUUUGUCUCGACAGCUGAGAUUCGCGGGGCCGAACCGCGGCGAGCGAGACUCGCCGUGUCUACGCGUUUCUUCGUCUUAUUUCUCAAUGAUCCGCGAUCGAUCGGUAAAUGUCAGUUAUUGCGGCGGGCUUCGCCGGUAUUUCGACCGCGUGAGGAACUCGGGGUGUGCUCGCGCGUGUGCACGCGGUACGUGUCCACGGAGAUUCCCAUCAGCGGUGGACCGAAAAGGUUUCAAAUUUUCGGGGGAUUCUGGAAUAAUGGUUGUUCCUAUGCCGUUCCGUGAAUGAGCGGCGCGGUCGCGCUGUGUCAUUGAAACCCGGUUGCGGGUGUUCCUUUGUACGAUAUCGCGGUUAAAAUUCGUCUUGGAAUGUUGACCCCCGGUGGGACAGGCGCUGGCGCUUCGUAAGAGAACGCUGGCGUCCGUCUGGCCUAUGCCGCGACGCCCCCGUCUACGGGCGAGUCCACCGAAGCGGUCCCUCGACGAAUGUUCCGCAACACCCGAGACCGUCUCCCGGACCGGCCGAUUCUCAGCCAAAAUUCGCGCCGUCUCGAUUAAUUUUCCCGGAUCGUCGCGAGAUAUCUCUCGGAACGAUCCGUUCCUUCGCCAUCCCUGGUUGACGUACGCCCGUUCCACCUAGGAAUUAAUUCUCCGCGGAGUCCCCUCGACUUUUGUGGGAUACCUCGGACGGUUCGUAUCGUACGAACGGUCCUCGAACACCAGGGGCGAUUUUCUACCUGCGCGUCGGUGGCGCCUCCGGCGGAUAUUGUACGCGCCACGACUGCGGCCAUGUUUAAUAUAGCUGUGCCUUCGGCUGUUUAGCCUUUACACUUCAGUUGGUAGUAUGCCGCGGUCGGUGCAUCGUGUGGUCGAGUCCGAGGAGGAGUCGAGUGGUGUACGUUCAUGACGGAGGCCUCGUGCGACGACGACGACGACGUGGACGGAUUGUCCGCUGCCCUCCGUAUAAACUUGGUACCGAACCGCGAGGAAUUCGUAUCGCAUUGAGAUAGUUUUGAGUGUCGAGGGUCGCCCGUGUACGCGAUGAUAAAUUUCGACGCUCGGGGGUAUUAAUAUAAUACAUCGGUGUCGAUGAGCCGGGAGAAGGAAGGCUGUUAUAACAGGAUCAACGCACGGCAGAGAACGGUGAUGUAGGUAUGUACGCACCUAUAAAAGUUCGCAGAGAGCCACGGUGCGGAUAAUAAUCGUCAUCCUCGUCAUCUCGCAAUAGCGCUAACACCAGUGCUACCGACGCGAGUUUACCUUGGGUUUUUCUUCAGUCGAAAUAGAAACAGACACAGGCAUCUCUUUGUCGUACGUAUUUUACGUUACUCCCUCCGUCCCCUCCCAAGUACGUUCGUACGUAUAAAUAUCUAUUAAUACGCGUUGUUUUAACUCUGCUCUCUGUCUCUCCCUCCUCUGCCCCUGCCCCCCAACUCCUGCCGCUAUUUCUGCGGUGGGUUAACAACAACAACAACAACGACAACGACAACGAAAACAACAAUGAUAGCGAUAACAUUAAUAACGAAGUGAAACAUUGCGAAUUUGAACGAGAGAAAAUUAAUGAUGUGACAAGGUGAAGCGGCGGCGGCAGCAGCAGCAGCACCACCACCACCACCACACAGCACCAGCAACAACAAUCGGAAUAAAGAGCGUAACGUGAUUUGAUAUCUGAUAAAAUUAACAGAGAUUGAUAAAUAAUUUCGGGGUUAAAAAUCGCAAGUGACAAGUGAUAUUAUGCGAGUAUAAAAUGUUAAUUGGUAAUUCGAAGGUAGUAUCGAUAAUAAACAGUGCCCGGUACUGCGAUAACAUAAUCGGUAUCAGUGUGUUGUUAUGUGGGGCCAGAGCGGCGGUGGACAACAUCAGCUGGAGCAUACGAACGGUGCCAACGACUCGCGCAGCGGCAAGAAAAACGUCGUGGAGCUCGCAAUCUGUGCCGCCGCCACGCGCGUUGCUUUACGUUGCACAUGGCAAUAGUACGAAUUUUUCCAUAAAAUUAUCCGCCAUAUAUUCAUACCGUCCUCGAUCUUGUUCGGCAUUCUGUGGCAACGCUUACGGUUGCUACGGAAGAUACCCGGCCUUCGAAGACCUUCGGAGGACCUUCCGGUACUCGGUAGACGGAAAUCGAGCAAUCCUGAGCACCGAACCCGCGGUCGCUCGGUCUACAUCCGAGUCCACUUGAUACGACAGCGGCAGGGCUCGGGUAAAACGGAGAGAAAAGUAGAAAGAAAAGGGAAGAGAAGCGAAUACCGGAGAGAAGAGGAGGACGCGGAUCGGGACGGUUGACUCGGAGCAGGAGACCCACCCUCUCGACGCGUGCGAUCGUUCCGUUUGCUCGUCGUCAGCGUCGAUCGUACGUACGCGGUGCGAGACCCAAACGCCUCGAUCGUCUUCCAGCGUGUCGAUACGGUAAAACGAGGAUUAAUAUCGGUGAUUCUCCCGGCGCGUUAUCGUGCACAUCGGCGUUGAUUCGCUCACUUUCGGUAGCCCACCCGCGGAGUGCGCUUGAAGAUAUUCGGUCGAAUACGCCGAACCGUACCGGUGAGUUUCGCUAUCGCGUAGAAAACGUGAUUUCGUCGUUAUCGUCGAGUCGACACAGACUAUAUUUGUAUACGCCUAUAUAGUAAUAACAACAACAACAUAACACAACAACCCAACACCAACAACAACAACAACAACAACAACAACAACAACAACAACAAGCGCAAGGAUAACGAGAUAUAUUUUUGAGAACCGCGGUAAAAGUACUGGCCCCCAAAUGCACAACCGGCAAAUCUUGUUUCAUGUUCAUGUUCUGGAGCAAACGGACUCAGCUCACUAAACGUCUUCUCAAGGCCAAAGUUCGCGGAGAGCAUGAAACCGAGUGUGAAGCUCAAGAAAAUCAUAUUAUCCCGUACUCUAACUGUUAUUCGACUGAAUCGCAUCCCCCCGAUUCACCUUGCCGCUCAACUUCAGCCAGCAACGGUCACGCCGGUCAAUUCGCUCACAGUGGUGCGGCAUCGGCGUCAGCUUUGCCGAUAGGUUCUUCAAAUUCUGUGAUUGACGAGACUUGGAAUACCGACGAGUCUUCGGAAUUGCGGCAGCGUCGCUUUCAAGAAAAUCAGAGUAAUGUUCAAAACCCCGCUAAACGUUGUCGUCAAAUAUUCUGCAGCGACACUUCCGAGCGAGCUGCACCGGUGAAACAAGUACAGCGGCAGCACCGUAAUCAUAACCGCGACAACCGUCAAAAUGCCGUGCCGUCCGACGUAGGGGCGAACGGUUCCGACGACGUUAACAAUUUGGGCAAUCGUUUAGCUAGGUGUAAGGAACUGCUGAAAUCGUUGGAAGCUAAUCAGUUGGAGAUGUUGCUCACGGCGGUUGACAGUUACGGAGCUGAUCUUGGCGCCUGUGUCUUGGUGCCGAGACGACGCGCCGGUCGCGCAGCCGGAGAUGAAUCGUCAGCUACGACAUUGCCACCGUUUGAUGAUCGGGGAGAUGUUCGGGAGGAUCGAACGGAAGCGUCGACGCGGAUAUCGCCAACGACGACGACCGCGAGCGAAGCCCUCGGGGAAGAAGGCGGAUCCUCCCGACAUCAUUCGCACCAUCACCACCAUCGCUACCAUCACCACCAUCACCACCACCACCACCACCACCACCAUCAUCAUCACCAUCAUCAUCAGAGACGACAGCGGCAGCAGCAGCACAAUCGUAACAGCGACAGCCUCGAAUCCAUCGAUAAAGAUCUCCUUGAAACGGAGCGAAUCGAUUCGGAGAACAUCCCGCUCGACGAGAGAAUCGAUUCAACGAAGGCUGCUGCGGUCACGACUACCGCUGCGCCUAGGCUAUGUCGAGGAAAUCGACACAAGUCACGGACUUCCGGCAACGCGAUCGAACUACCGGUCGACCCCCACCUACUCUGCUGUCAGAUAUGGCGAUGGCCGGAUCUGAAAAAUACCGAAGAACUCAAGAGACUUCCGGUCUGUCAUUCCGCCAAGGAUCCCUUUUACAUUUGCUGCAAUCCCUAUCACUGGAGUCGGCUCUGCAAGCCCGAGUCGCCGCCACCACCGUACUGCCUCAUCGCCGAUAGGUUGAGACCGGAAGAUCGAGCUCCGAGCGAAGGGAACGCUUCACACCCGUACGACCACGCGAGAAACGAAAAUUCGUCGCCACUUCCUGGCUCCCUAACCACCAACGGCGAAGAUUCGUCGGGACAAAGGGAAUGGUGCACUCUGGCUUACUGGGAACUUGGGGGUAGAGUCGGUCGUCUUUAUCCCGUCGAACCGUCGACGGUGAACGUGUUCGACUCGCUUCUGGACGGAGACGGUCUCUGCCUGGCGACGCUCGCCGAAAAUCACUCCACCUCCCCGAUGAUUCAAAAGACACGCAGCAAAAUAGGACUCGGUCUGAUGCUGAGCGACGAAUCCGACGGUGUCUGGGCUUACAAUAGGUCUGAAAAUCCGAUUUUCGUAAAUUCGCCGACGCUCGACGAUCCCGAGUCUCGCACGCUUCUGGUCUACAGGGUGCCGCCUGGUUUCUGUCUUAACAUAUUCGACCGCGCGAAGACUCUGCAACUUCACCGCUCCUACGCCGCAUCUUCGUCGGGUUGUCCCACGGGUAACCCGGGCGGGUCCGCUAGCGGACCCGUUGACGUAAAUUCCGUCCGCAUAAGCUUCGCCAAAGGAUGGGGACCCAAGUACUCCCGGCAAGAGGUCACCUCCUGUCCGUGCUGGCUCGAGGUUUUGCUCGCCCCCUGCAGGUGAUCUCUCAUCAAACUUCGCCGAUUCUAUGUUUUGUUCGCGCCGCUGCGACAUUGUUUCGAAUUUGUAUUUUCCGCACCCGGCUAAGGGACGAGGAAGCCCAAGUUUUUGACCCGUGUCACAUCCCCGUAAGUCGACCUACCGUCCUACCUUGAUUAUCCUACGUUGAUCGCCAAUUUACUCCUACGUCGUGCCUCGGGAUCUCUACAUGGGGAAGCGAUAAAGCGACUCAUUGUCCGACUGCACUAUUCGACACUGUCGUACAAAUAUACUCGUCCCCCCCCCCCCCCCCCCCCCUCCCUGCCCCGCCGUUCGCGGUUUUUAAUCUAGACCUAAUUGCUUGUGACUGAUUAACCGGAACAUUUAUACGGAUUUUGCAGAUCUGUACUUUAUACCUUUGAGAAAUUUACGAUUAUCAUUUUUAUUGAAUAACUAUCAUCCCUCGCGGCAUUCGAGAAUUGCUUGGUCAUUUCAAAUCUUAUCGAUAUUAUCAUCGUGGUUUUUGUUACUAUUCUUCUUAUUAUUUUCCAUGUUAUCGCCGUUGUCGUGUUGUUGCUGUUGUUGUUGUUGUUGUUGAGAAUAUUGCUAUGGCAAGUCUUAUUUUUACAUAAUAAUAACUGUCAAUUAUUUCUGGUAAUAUUGUUUCCUACGUUUAAUCGUAUUCGUCUUUUACGACAAUUGCAAACGACUACAUUUUAUUCCGGCUGAAAAAUGCGCCAGUACUGUGAAUAGUUGCGAUCCAUUGGAAAACGAAAAAAGAAUAGUGGACGGCCUACCCUUGGAAUUCCUACUUCGACACUUGGCUAUAUGUCUGCGUAUCGUUGAAAACCUAUCAAUGAAAACCAAAUCGGAUUUAUACCGUCGGAUUUGUGCACGUCGUAUCGUUGAUUCUUCAUUUCACUACGAUUACUUCCAUCGUGUUGAAAGUGGAUGCUGUUGAAUUUCAAGAUGUCGGUGAUACCGGAUAAUGGUAAUAGAAAAAAAUCAUAAUGACGACAACAACAACUGCAACUACAUUUUCAGACAAUUAUGCAUAAGUUUAUCAUGCUAUUUGUUGUUCUAAUAAAUAUGUACAUCAUUUAAAUUUAGAGUCAUAAAAGCAAACAAAUGAAAAAUUUACCAUAUGUUUUAAACCAAAAAUCGCCGCAACUGUGUGUUUGGAGGGAAAAAAUUUUUCUCGACAACUCAUGUUGAUCACCGUAUCGUCAGCUUUGUUUUGAUUAUAUAAAAAUAAUUAGAAUAACUAGACAGUGAAAUGAUGAAACGUGAAAUGAAAUAUUUAACGAAAUUCGUUGUUAGCUAAAGGCCGUGAAUGACUUCUUUUUAGUUACGUAAUACGGUGUACAUCGGAUCGUUCGAUUGGGAAAAAUGACUGUCUCUAGAAAAUAAAUCGGCUUCGUCUGCCUGAAUGUGUCGGAUUGUAAGUAUCGUAAUAAUAAUCGGAGUUCGCGAAAAUACAGGUGAAGAUGAAAAAAAUACAUAAAUAUAUUCUUGGUAAUAGUCGAUCAAAAGUCGUUAAUUCAAUAAUUAUAAAUGUACAAUCAUGUAAAUAUAAUUUAAGAAAAUAUCGCGAGAAACACAAUACAAACCCACGCGUACACACGAAAUACCCACCUCUUUGUGCCUAUUUAAAAUGUAAAGACAAGAGACGACAGAAUUGUUGAAAAGAAAGAAAUUGAAAAAUUACAGAAACAGAGUCGAGAAAAUGAUGGAGAAGAGGAACAAUUGAAAAAAAAAAAAAAAAAAAAAAAAUAGAAAAGGAAAGAUCUAUGUCUAUAUGUAUACUACCUUUGAAAAUAUAUUAUACUGCAAUUUACCCAUAAUAUAGCUUAUAUUUGUUAUAUUGAAAUAUUAAAUUUGUGUACAUCAGAUAGUUAUUUAUAAAAGAGUAAAAUUUUUGAUAGAGGAAAACUCCAAAUGUAUGUAUUUCUAGACACUGUUAUUUAUCUUCACCGAACCAACUGGGAUGAAAAUAAGCAAAGAAACAAAUUAAAAGUCGGCGCUGUAUUAUACUGUAGCGUAUGGGUAUGUACUUACAUGCAUGUGCUGUCGAAAAUAGACGGUUUAACGGUCAAGUGCGAUGAGUGAAACCUUAUACGAUGCACAGCAGGGUUGUUAUAAUGUACAUAGCGAGAAAAAUUCCGAAGAACGACUGAAUACGGAAUAGUCGACGCAUAAACGAUAUUGACCGAUUGCUCUUGCGAACAUUAUUACAAUUUUUAUUCUAUUAGUGCCUCUUGUUGUUAUUAUUAUUAUUAUUAUUAUUAUUUUCUUCGAUAACGACAAAGUACCAUUUGCCGGUGACUCGAAGAUUGCAAGAAUCAGGACAACGAAGAGAAGCUAGUUUUUCAGCUAUAAGGAUCAUGUCUGUGAAACAUAGUGCCUUUUACAGCGUUCACUACUUAUUAAAUUAUAUAAUAUAACUACUAUACGGAAUGUCGAACGAUAAAUACACAUGUAUAUGUUCUGGGCCGAUAAAUCUGGCUUAAAUCGGACGAUGGGGUGACAAGGUUUUUUCGGACCUCUCCCUCCGCUCUUCAAACUCAGGGUUCUUUUUCAUUGAGAUUUUUCAAUAGCCCUCAAAACACCGCGAUCUUGACCUCGGUCACAUAAAGUGCGUACACCCACACACCCACGAGCGCGCGCCCGCGUGUUUAUUAUCUUUGUGUUAAUUCCAUUAACAGCGCACGUAUUUUAGCCAUUUCAAGUUAUCGAUGCUCUCAUUUUCAACCAUUUGUUUGUAAUAGCCAAACAUUUAAAACGUGUACUGGUAUAUGGCGAAAAGAAGUAAUAAAUGAACUGAUAGUAGUAAUAUUAUCAGUGAUAACAAUAACAAUAACAACAAUAACAACAACAACAACAACAACAAUAAUAAUAAUAAUAAUGGUCAUUAUGAUAUUGAUAGUAAUAUAACAGUAAUGAUAAAAUUAGUAAUAAAACCAAUAACCGUAAUAACAAUGAUAGGAAUAACGACAGUGACGACGAUCACGCUGACGACGAUAGUCAUAGCGAUGAUAAUAUACGAUGGGGAAGGUGUGAAAAAAUUGAGGACAGCUCACCGGUAAUUGAUAACCCCAACGACGAGCAAUAGGGUUGGCUGAUUGAUUUAGUUGCAGUGAUUUGUGGUAAACUCGUGUGUACAUUUGUAUUUGUAUUUGUAUUCGUUUUUUUGUAUUAUUACGUACUAGAGCAUACACUCGUAUGUGUGUGUUUCAUUAGGGAGAGCUUACAUACGCAAAUAUGGUAUACGUAGAAUACCUGAUUAUUCAUAUCGUUAUAGACAUGCGGUAACAAAAAUGAAUACCUCUCGAAACUUACGACCUCUACGUACCAAAAUGAUCGUCUACGGUAGUGAUUAGAAUUGAAGGUGUAACGAGGAAAUAGAAGAAAAGGAAUUCUUUUCCAAACAUGCAAUAAACGCGUUAUAGUCGCAAAUAAGUAAGCCUGACGUUUUAUAGAUUGUCGGACUUAUUGUGUUACCCUGCUUUAAUGGCUGUAUAAAUAAUAAAGGGCAAAAAAAAAAAAAAAAAAAAAAAUGACCAGCAAACACGCUGGCGUAA